AUGACCGGUCUCGCCCUCCAGCCCGGCCAGUCCGACCUUCCCAGCAAGCACAGCACGCAUUCAUACUGGCACCAGGAUCCUUCUCCCAUCCUGCUCGGCCACCGAACAACGCCCCAGCUACCUACCCAUGCCAGCGUAGUCGUCGUGGGCAGCGGCAUCACCGGUGCCUUUGCUGCUCGGGAGCUCGUCCAGGCUGGCACUGAUGUUGUCAUGCUCGAGGCUCGUGAGGCUUGUUGGGGUGCCACUGGGAGAAAUGGGGGUCAUUGUCAACCACUCGCUUUCCUAUCCGAGCUUGACAUUGCCAAGUUCGAGCUCGACACCUACCGUUUUUUAAGUGACCUCAUCCGCGAGAACAACAUCCCGUGUUCCUGGGAAGAAGUUGGGGGCGUCUACGCCAUCAGCUCCCCCGCAACAGUACCCCUUAUCGAGAAGCGUAUUGCCCAUCUGCGCGUCUCGGAGCCCGAGAUUGGGAGCCACGUGCGCCUCGUGACAGACCAGCAAGAGCUGCGUAGCCUGCGCCUACGCGACGAUAGUGCCGUUGCUGCCGUCGUCCAGGAUCGCGCGGCAAAGUGCUGGCCCUACAAGCUCGUCUGCUGGGUCCUUGAGCGCCUCCUCGAGCACCCCGGCGGCCUGUUGAACCUGCAGACAGGCACGCCCGUGGAGCAUGUCCAGCACCACGGACAAGGCUGGAUCGUGCACACGGAGCGUGGGCAGGUGGCGGCCGACAGUGUCAUCCUCGCAACCAACGCCUACACGUCCCGCCUGCUGCCGCGCUUUACAGGCAUCAUCAUCCCCACCAGAGGCCAGGUCAGCGCCCUGAUCCCCCCCGCAAACGCGCCGCCCCUGGCGCACUCGCACCUAUGGUCGGUGCGCGAGGAUGGCGAUUACGGCGAGAGCGAAAACUACCUGGUGCAGCGGCCGACGGGCGAGCUGAUUCUCGGUGGUGAGAGGAUGUGCACCUCAGACGCCGGAAACGGUGUAUCGCACGAUGACGAGAUAGAUGAGACCGUAGCCAAGAGGCUGCGUCGGGCCAUCCGCUCAGAGCUGCGCUUGGAUCAGUCGUCACCGGAUAGCGACCCAGAUGAACUCGCCGCAAGCUACGAGUGGACCGGGAUAAUGGGCUUCUCUCGCGACUCCAAGCCCUGGGUAGGACGCGUUCCCGCGAGCCUAGGGGGCUCCGACGAGAGCAGCAGUGGCGGCCUGUGGCUGAGUGCAGGCUACACAGGCCACGGCAUGCCCGUGGCUGCGCGGACCGGCAUCUCGGUGGCCCAGAAGAUCUUGGGAAAGACUGGCCAGGGCGUCGUCGAAGUCCCACCCGACUGGUUGGUGAGCGAGGAGAGGGUAGACAAGGCCCAAACGCUGGUGAUGCCCGAGACGAUGGAGGAUGAGUUGAGGGUAUUGGUUCAGAACGAAGCAUGA